UGCCAUUGUUGCUUCUCGAGAUCCAAACAAUAUAAAUUUUACCGUAAAUUUAAUCUUAAAAUCCUCAAUUUUUUUGAAAAAAUUACGGUCAAAUUCAGUCAUGUUAGAAUUUCAAUAUCCAAAAUGUGCCACAUAAAUUGGGAUGAAAGGAGUAUCAUUUUCCUUGCUUGUUUCAUUCAAAUCUAUCUUUAUUUUAACACAAAUUUUGAUUUUCAUAGUAGAUAUUAGGUUUUCUUAAUCUUUCUCUGCUUGUACCAAAAUUAUCUUUGCUUGUUCAAUUUUUUUUUACAUGAUACAAUGAAAGUGGUUAGACCACGUAGUUGUAUGAGGUGAAGUGUUGUUAGUCAAGAACUCUCAUAUUCAGUAGAUGAAAGGAGCAGAAAUGAUGAUGUUGUGGUGAAUGUGUGGGUAUAGUAAUGGAGAUAGGAUUAGAAAUGUUGUGAUCUGAGACAAGGUGGGAGUGUCUUCGGUGAAAGACAAGAUGCGGAAGCAAGGUUGAGAUGGUUCAGACAUUUGAUGAGGAGAUGCACAGAUGCCCUAGUGUGGAGGUGUGAGAGGGUGGCUAUGAAUAGAUUCAGGAGAGGUAGAGGUAGCACAAAGAAAUAUGGGGAGAGGUGAUUAGGAAGGACAUGGCGCAAUUGCAGCUUACUGGGGACAUGACCUUAGAUAGAGAGGCAGGGGCGGAGCUAGCAUAUACUAGGGGUUCAUCUGAAUCCUAUUUAUACAUGAUUAAAAUUAUUUUUUAUGUAUAUAUAGUAGAUAUUGAACCCCCUUUAGCUAGUUCGUGUGUGCACUUUUGAACCCCCUUAAUGAAAAUUUUGGCUCCGCCACUGAAGAAAGGUAUGGAGACACGAAUUAGGGUAGAAGGUUAGGUAGGAGUACGUCCAUACUAGUUGAUAGGAGUGCGCUGUCUUGUUGGCCUUACUUGUAGUCGUAGUCGCAAUACUAAUCUUGUAUUUUCUUGUUCAUUGAUUUAUGUUAAAUAUCUAUUGUUUUGUAGUCCGAUUUUAGUAUUAUUUUGUUGUAGUGCUGUCUGUUACAAUCUGUUGUUUUUGUUACUAUAUAUUGUCUCUUAUACUUUCAUUGUGUCUUUUCCUAGCCUGUGUUUGUCUUGACCGUCAAAAUUACUAUCGAGUUGUGACUGAAGUAGAUCAAGAGAAACAACGACGCCCAGGAGACAGAUUUUAUCCAAUUUCAAACGAGGCAAAGGCUCAGAAUGAGACGAGUCAGGGAUCAACUCAAAAUGUUUUAUUUUUAAAAAUUGCCUUGAAGCUUCACGAAGUCGUCAAUCUGAGUGCUAAGAGAAAAGAAACUGAGAGAGAACAUGAAUCAGAGGACAGCCGUUAGAGGGAGGCCGUCCGGAACUGAUGGUUCUGAUUUCUCCUACCGCAUGGUCGUUGAUUCCAGAUACACGAAGGUUGCAAAAGCGAAGUCCCGUCUUGCCAAAUUGAUCUUCGCUCAGGUUGUCACUCAAUUGAUGAUGGCAGCUAAUGUAUUUGUUUCAUUAUCGAAGAACGAGUCUCCAGAUAGAGUUUUGGUUUCUUCCCUUGCGAUUGGCUUCGUGACCAUUGUGGCAGGAGAGCUAGGUCGAAAGAAAAGCCGAUCCAACUUUCUGAAGUUUUAUGUCUUUGGGUCAUCGAUGUCAAUCCUGCUGUCAGUGGCAUGUCUUGCUAUUAGCAAUCUUCAACUGGAGGCUUUCCAAAAUUUUACAAGUUUGGAGACUCUAAAGGUUGCGGCUGUCUUACUAGGAUUUGUGGUACAAUUAUUUGCAAUUGGUACAACAGUUUCUCUUAUUAAAAAUAUGGCACCUCCUAAGAGGGCUUCUUGAUUAUUAGUGUAAACUCUGGUGUAACUUCAAAUGUCUGACUAAACUAAAGAGGAUUCUUAUAUACUUCGGAUUCAACGGAGAUGCUGCUGUAAGUUGCCUUUACCAACGCAAUUUUUGCAAGCUUUUCCGAUUUAACAUUAUCUCAUGAAGACUUGAUACGUGAAGUUGUGAAGAAAACAGAUAGUUAAGUUGGAAAGUGCCCUCAACGUUGCUGCUGCAAAUGUUUCUUCACUUUACGCAAGCUGAUGUAAACACAACAAUGUUUGGAUUUAGAAGGAUUCGUAGUGGAUUGAACUCACUUCCAAUCUCUUACCUUAUUGUUUCAUUAGGUGCAACUGUUGCGGCUUGUGUGUAGCAGAAUGCACUUGCAUUCGACUAUACAAGGGGCACUGAUGUUCCAACAUUCUCUUGGGAUUUGAAUGCACAUUUUGGCUAUCAAUACUUAAUGAAGAAUUUGAGAACCUGGAUUUAUUUGGAAAA